AUCAGCUGAAUUAAGGCAUCAAGAAGACAUCGGUCUUAUUGGUUUGGGGACUGUGGCACGAUCUAAGUGUGUAUCUGUCGAUGAAUUGUUGAAAUAAUAAUCAAGGCAGCUGAUUUGUGCAGUUAAAUUAAACAAAAACUACAGUGACAAAUAACAUUAAAGGAUUAUCUCUGAAGAGCGUAAAUCCCUGCAGUAUUUUGUGAGGAAAUAAAGGGUUGGGCUUCUUGCUGUAGUGACAAAAAAAACGAAAAUGCUAAAGACAACAGUCGGACAAAAGAUUAUGCAAGAUGUCAUCCGGUCGAAUAGGAAGGCUUCAGGAACUGGAGGAGGGACAGACUGGCGUAUUCUUUUGGUAGAUCAACUGUCCAUGAGAAUGGUUUCAGCGUGUUGCAAGAUGCAUGAAAUCGCAAGUGAAGGAAUCACAUUGGUGGAAGAUCUAAACAAAAAGCGGGAGCCUUUGCCUGCCAUGGAAGCUAUCUAUCUUAUUACUCCAUGUGAUAGUUCUGUAAGGGGAUUGAUGAAUGAUUUCCUUUCCCCUAGCCGUGCCAAAUACAAGUGUGCCCAUGUUUUCUUCACUGAAGCCUGUGCCGAAGAAUUAUUUAAUGAAGUUUGCAAGCAUCCAGUGUCCAAGUUUAUUAAAACACUGAAGGAAAUUAACAUUGCAUUCCUCCCUUAUGAGUCACAGGUCUUUUCUUUGGAUAAUCGUGAUGCAUUUCAGUACUACUUUAAUCCACAAAAAUCGCAAGGUCGUACAGCGGAGAUGGAACGCACUGCUGAACAAAUUGCAACCCUAUGUUCCACCCUGGGCGAAUACCCAACUAUUCGCUAUAGAGUGGACUAUGAUCGCAAUGCCGAACUAGCACAACUAGUUCAACAUAAGCUCGAUGCUUAUAAAGCCGAUGAACCAACCAUGGGCGAAGGGCCUGAGAAAGCGCGUUCGCAGUUAAUUAUUCUCGACCGAGGAUUCGAUUGUGUUUCUCCGAUGCUGCACGAGUUGACUUUGCAAGCCAUGGCUUAUGAUUUACUUCCCAUUGAAAAUGAUGUUUACAAAUACGAAAGUACAGUUGGUGGACCCGAGAAGGAAGUACUUCUUGACGAAAAUGAUGAUUUGUGGGUAGAAUUACGUCAUCAACACAUAGCCGUCGUCUCGACAAAUGUUACGAAAAAUAUGAAAAAGUUCACGGAAUCAAAGCGAAUGCCAGCAGCUGACAAAUCGUCGAUGAAAGAUUUGUCUCAGAUGAUCAAGAAGAUGCCGCAAUACCAAAAAGAGUUGUCUAAAUAUGGAACUCAUCUACAUCUUGCAGAGGAUUGUAUGAAAUGCUACCAAGGAAAUGUUGAUAAGCUUUGCAAAGUAGAACAGGAUCUUGCUAUGGGGACAGAUGCUGAAGGAGAAAAGAUUAAAGAUCAUAUGAGGAACAUUGUGCCAAUUCUUUUGGACACUAAAGUCAGCAAUUUCGAUAAAAUUCGAAUAAUUCUGCUUUAUAUUCUUUCCAAGAAUGGAAUUUCUGAGGAGAAUCUUACGAAAUUGAUCCAGCACGCCCAAAUCCCACCUAAUGAACGUAGCAUCAUUAUCAAUAUGGCGUUGUUGGGUCUCAAUGUUAUCGUAGAUGGUACUCGGAAAAAGAUUCACCAAAUUACUCGCAAAGAACGCAUUACAGAGCAAACUUAUCAAAUGUCUCGUUGGACUCCGAUCCUGAAAGACAUUGCCGAAGAUGCCAUCGAAGACAAAUUGGAUCAAAGACAUUUCCCAUUUCUGGCUGGACGCCCUGCUGCACCUGUUUCCAGAAACGCCCCUCCGAGUGCUCGCUACGGACAUUGGCACAAGGACAAAUCCCAGCAAAACGUAAGGAACGUUCCUCGCAUUAUCAUUUUCGUAAUGGGUGGCGCGUCCUAUUCUGAAAUGAGGUCGGCUUAUGAAGUAACAAAUGCCGUUAAGAAUUGGGAGGUCAUAGUCGGUUCUACUCACAUUUUGACUCCCGAAGGCUUUCUUAACGACUUAAAGGAACUAAGUAACGGCAAUUGAACGUAAACGAAGGAAAGGAAAAAGUCGCGUAGUAAUCCGAUCGUCUCGUGGAAGCAAACUUCGUCACACGUUAUUUAAAAUUUAUGUUUGGUAGCCUUCCUUUAUGAUGCUCGAUUGUUGUCCUAACAUCCGUAUUCAACAGAUCCUUGUUCGUGUUGCGGCACUUUAUUUCUACCAGUUUUUUUCUAAAUUUGAUUAUCUUUCUUUCUCAUUCUUAAUAUUGUUAAACUUCAAAUAUUAGCAUUUGAAUUAUUGUAUCACUAUCAUCUGAGCUUAAUAGCUUACAGUAGUUUGAGUAUUAUGGCAUUUCGAGCUGUUUUGCUGAUCAUUCAUUAGGUAUGGUUGCAGUCUGUUUAUUAAUCUUUGGCAAAAUGUGCUAUCAUAGAAUGGCGUCCUGACUGCAAAGUGCGGAUGUUUUUCUGUAUGGUAACUAGUCGACAUCGAUCCCUACCUAAAGUCGCUUCCUCUAAUCUCACAUUUUGGCGUAAUUGUUGUUUGAAAUAUUAUUAUUCACAUACAUUCCAUCAAUUCGUGUUUGUUUAAACCCCCUAGUGCUUGUUGAGAGGCGUUGAGAAGUAGGUACUAAGGGAGUCGUGCAAGAAAACGAACCUCCCAGUCGCUGGUAGAUUUGUUUACUUAUUUUAUUAGUCUUGGUUCAUCGGUUGUUGUUUAAAUGAGUCAAACAAAAAUACAACGUGCUUUCGAAAGUCCA